GGGGGGACUGCUUACAUGAAUUUCCAAGUGGUAGACCUGCCUCUGCGCUCUGCCCAAUGAGAUCCGUCAGGGGAGGCACCCGGCUCACUUUUCCACAUCACUUCACAGUUACAUUUGGCAGGCAGGCGGGCUCGCACGCCGGAGCGCUCAGCCCAGAAUUAGCGGAUUUAUUUGGAAUCUCCCUGCCUCUUCCAAGCUCCGCCGCCGCCGCUGCCGAUUUGUGCAUAGACGGUAGCGUCAAGCCACCAGCUUCACUUUGGGCUGCGGACACCCAGAGCCCUGCGCGCCCGCCCCGCGUCUCCGAACCAAGCCCUGCAGCUCCGAGAGGCAUGAACGGAAUCCGGAGGCGCCUGCCUAGCGCGCGAGGACCGGUCGGCGCUCGCCGCCCUCGGGAGCUGACCCCGAGCCCCUCCAGCCAUUUGUGAACCAAGAGGCUUGACAUUAGCCAGCGCAGGGCCCCACACGAGAAAUUUCAAUGAAAAGAAAAGCCAAUGGAUUGUGGUCUUAGAAAAGCUGCUUAGGUGAUGUCUGUUUCCCAUGCUAUAGACACGUGGCAGAGCUGUAAGUAAAUGCUCGGCACUGCAUGAUGAAUUGGAUGGCUGCAGACCGGAGACAAAAAAAAUAAUUGUCUCAUUUUCGUGGUGAUUUGCUUCACUGGUGGGACCAUGCCAGAACGGCUAGCGGAAAUGCUCUUGGAUCUCUGGACUCCAUUAAUAAUAUUAUGGAUUACUCUUCCCCCUUGCAUUUACAUGGCUCCAAUGAAUCAGUCUCAAGUUUUAAUGAGUGGAUCCCCUUUGGAAAUAAACAGUCUGGGUGAAGAACAGCGAAUUUUGAACCGCUCCAAAAGAGGCUGGGUUUGGAAUCAAAUGUUUGUCCUGGAAGAGUUUUCUGGACCUGAACCGAUUCUUGUUGGCCGGCUACACACAGACCUGGAUCCUGGGAGCAAAAAAAUCAAGUAUAUCCUAUCAGGUGAUGGAGCUGGGACCAUCUUUCAAAUAAAUGAUGUAACUGGAGAUAUCCAUGCUAUAAAAAGACUUGACCGGGAGGAGAAGGCUGAGUAUACCCUAACAGCUCAAGCAGUGGAUUGGGAGACAAGCAAACCUCUGGAGCCUCCGUCUGAAUUUAUUAUUAAAGUUCAAGACAUCAAUGACAACGCACCAGAGUUUCUUAAUGGACCCUAUCAUGCUACUGUACCAGAAAUGUCCAUUUUGGGUACGUCUGUCACUAACGUCACUGCGACCGACGCCGAUGACCCAGUUUAUGGAAACAGUGCAAAGCUGGUUUAUAGUAUAUUGGAAGGGCAGCCUUAUUUUUCCAUUGAGCCGGAAACAGCUAUUAUAAAAACUGCCCUUCCCAACAUGGACAGAGAAGCCAAGGAGGAGUACCUGGUUGUUAUCCAAGCCAAAGAUAUGGGUGGACACUCUGGUGGCCUGUCUGGGACCACGACACUUACAGUGACUCUUACUGAUGUUAAUGACAAUCCUCCAAAAUUUGCACAGAGCCUGUAUCACUUCUCAGUACCGGAAGAUGUGGUUCUUGGCACUGCAAUAGGCAGGGUGAAGGCCAAUGAUCAGGAUAUUGGUGAAAAUGCACAGUCAUCAUAUGACAUCAUUGAUGGAGAUGGAACAGCACUUUUUGAAAUCACUUCUGAUGCCCAGGCCCAGGAUGGCAUUAUAAGGCUAAGAAAACCUCUGGACUUUGAGACCAAAAAAUCCUAUACGCUAAAGGUAGAGGCAGCCAAUGUCCAUAUUGACCCACGUUUCAGUGGCAGGGGACCCUUUAAAGACACGGCGACAGUCAAAAUCGUCGUUGAAGAUGCUGAUGAGCCUCCGGUCUUCUCUUCACCGACUUACCUGCUUGAAGUUCAUGAAAAUGCUGCUCUGAACUCCGUGAUUGGGCAAGUGACUGCUCGUGACCCUGAUAUCACUUCCAGUCCUAUAAGGUUUUCCAUCGACCGGCACACUGACCUGGAGAGGCAGUUCAACAUUAACGCAGACGAUGGGAAGAUAACGCUGGCAACACCACUUGACAGAGAAUUAAGUGUAUGGCACAACAUAACAAUCAUUGCUACUGAGAUUAGGAACCACAGUCAGAUAUCACGAGUACCUGUUGCUAUUAAAGUGCUGGAUGUCAAUGACAACGCCCCUGAAUUCGCAUCCGAAUAUGAGGCAUUUUUAUGUGAAAAUGGAAAACCCGGCCAAGUCAUUCAAACAGUUAGCGCCAUGGACAAAGAUGAUCCCAAAAAUGGACAUUAUUUCUUAUACAGUCUCCUUCCAGAAAUGGUCAACAAUCCGAAUUUCACCAUCAAGAAAAAUGAAGAUAAUUCCCUCAGUAUUUUGGCAAAGCAUAAUGGAUUCAACCGCCAGAAGCAAGAAGUCUAUCUUUUACCAAUCAUAAUCAGUGACAGUGGAAACCCUCCACUGAGCAGCACCAGCACCCUGACCAUCCGGGUCUGUGGCUGCAGCAAUGACGGUGUCGUCCAGUCUUGUAAUGUUGAAGCUUAUGUCCUUCCAAUUGGACUCAGUAUGGGCGCCUUAAUUGCCAUAUUAGCAUGCAUCAUUUUGCUGUUAGUCAUCGUGGUGCUGUUUGUAACUCUACGGCGGCAUAAAAACGAGCCAUUAAUUAUCAAAGAUGACGAAGACGUUCGAGAAAACAUCAUUCGCUACGAUGAUGAAGGAGGAGGGGAGGAGGACACAGAGGCUUUUGACAUUGCAACUUUGCAAAAUCCAGAUGGAAUUAAUGGAUUUUUACCCCAUUACAGAAGAGGGUUGCUAGGAGGAAUGUCACAAGAUGCUGUCUGAAGAGAAAGACUGUGGAAAACCAUGGCUUCAAUGAACUCAGAGGUCAGGACCAGAAAAGGAAAUGAGAGGUCACCAAAGCCAAAUGUUAAUUUCUUGGGAUUUCUUCUGUACAUGCAAAGAACUCCAGGCCAUCCUAUGAUUCCUCAUAAAUAAGAGGAAGAUUUUAACAAUUAUGCUCUAAGAUGGAACAUGACAAUUUAGGAGUCAUUGGGAUCACCCUCCCCCUUUCCAAUACUGUUCUGCUUUGACUACAAAUAUGUCUAAUGGUUUUCUAAAUUAACCUCUAAAGUUUGAGAGCUAUGUCAUCUUUGUCAAGUCUGAUUGUUGAGUAUGUGAAUGGAUGUUUUUGGUUCAAUGUUAGAGCCAAAAUUUAUAAAUAAUAAUUAUUUAUAAAUAAUGAUAUUGCAAAUAAACUUUAAAAAAGACCUUUAAACAUAAAAAUUCUUUUCUAUAAAACACAUACUAGGUACUAGGCUAGUAACAGAAAAAGGAUAUACCCAACACAAUUCUCUUGCCUUUCAAGACAUGGAGUUAAACUGGAUAAAUUAUAAAAGCAAAUAAAUGAUAAAACAUUUGAUUUGGCUAUCCUGUGGAAGAACUAAGCAGGCAGUGUUUUUAAAGCACAGAGAAAGAAUAUUUAUCUAAGUCUGCAAAGGCAAGAUAUCUUUCUUGAGGCUGUGUUAGAAUGAGUCUUGGAGGGAAGCAAAUCUUAGACAGGGAGUAUCAAAAAGUAAGGCUAGCUUGAGGUCCUGACACCUGAAAAUAAAUGGUGAUGUGAAGGGAUCUCUCAAUGGGCUUCAUUAUUGUGUUUCUCAAUGUAUGAAAUUCUCCAAGUUACAAAAACAAUCAGUAUCCUUAUUUAUUUAAGAAAUAUGUACCAAAGAGUUCCCAUUCAUUUGGGUGCUGGGAAUACAGCAUUGAAUAGGACAAAAGAGAUUUUUUUUUUUCAAAGAACUGGUAAUAUGGAAGAAAUGUAAAUAAAUAGAAAUACAAAAAAAAUUUGAUAUGAUAGAACAACAUAGAUGGAUGAGAAACGAAAUGUUUUACUUACAGUGGACAGAAUGAUAUUUGAGUUGCCCAGUGAAGUUUUUUUAAUCAAGGAAAACCAUAGUGAAGAGUUUGGGAAUGCUUAUGUUAGUUGUUCUCCUAGACUGAAUCAGUGGCAUAUACAAGAAAGAAUAUGAAGUCCAGAUUAUAGUGGAUAAAGGUGAAAGAGGUGCAACAGAUGUGGAAACCUGGGCAGAGAACAUAUUAUCCAGGCUUUUGUCAACCAAGAUAAGGAGCUCAUGUUUACUUCAUGUAAAAGAGAAGGCAAUUGAAGGGAUCUAAAAGCAGGGGGAUGAUAUGAUCUGAUUUAUAUUUUAAAAAUAAUCACUCUGACUCUUAUAUGAAAAUCAGAUUGUAGUAGACAUGAAUGAAAGUAGGAACCCCAGAGAGAAGGUUUUUAUCAUAAGCCAAGGAACAUAUUAUCUUGACUUUAUGGAGUGGUGAUACAGAUAGAAGGAAUACCCAGAAUUCACAUAUAUUUUGGAUAUAAAAUUGGUAGUAAUGGUAGUUCAAUUACAUGCUCAAAAUAAAGAUGGAAUCUAAAAAUAACUCCCAGAAUUUUUGGCUUGAAUGACUCUGUAAUUCAUGGGGCCAAUGACAAAAUUUAGGAAGACAAGAAGUGAAUUUGUUUAUCAAAGGCUGACAUCCUAACUUCUCUACUAAUGGACAACAGAAAAGGAUAACAGAAAUCAGAGUCUUAUAGAAAUUCUUACAUGAGGUGUGUUAGGGGCUGUCUUAGUCAGGGUUCUUCAGAGACACAGAGCCAUUUGGUGAGAGAGAGGAGCUUUUAGCAGGAAUUGGCUCAUAAGAUUAUGGUGGCUGAGAACUCCUACGAUCUGUUGUCUGCAAGCUGGAGGAAAACUAGUAUUGCAGUUCUGUCUGAGUCCUAAGGCCCGAGAACCAGGGGAGAUAAGAUGUAAAUGCCAGUCUGGAGUCAGGAGAAGAUGAAAUAAGAUAUUCCAGCUGAAACAGUCAGGCAGAAAAAAAGGGAACAAAUUUCCCCUUCCUGUUCUUUAUGCCUUCAGUGUAUUAGAUGUGGCUUAAGUAUACUGGGGAAGGCAAUCUACUUUACUGAGUCCAUUGAUUCAAAUGCUAACCUUAUCUGGAAACACCAUCACGGACACACCCAGGAAUCAUGUCUCAUCUGUGCAUCCUGUGGCCUAGUCAAGUUGCCAUAUAAAAUUUGCCAUCACAGGGAUCAUUUGGAAAACAUAGCUACAUUUUGAUUUUUUCUAUAUAUCAAUACCUGAGUCAAUGAAGGUCACAAGAGACAUGAUACAUUUCGGAAAGAAAAGUUCGGUCAGACUGAUCAUUUUAUAUAUUUUAGCUUUCUAGAAAUUAGAAAAAAUGUAAAGGCUCCACUUUAGUUAGUUCAUUCUUGGCUGAAAUAUGAUGGAUUCACUUACUGGAAAUAAUAGUUAGUGGAAAUGAUGAGAUAAUAUCCCGAAACCUUUAUGUAUGCUUACGUAAAAGUAGAAAAAAAAAAAGGCACAUAUGGCUUUCUCUAUAAACAUAAUACUUUGUCCAGAAAGCUUUCCUGAGAUAUACCCUUUCUCUUUGGACUGAAUACUAAAUCUCAAGAGAAGGAACAUUUGGUCUUUGUGGUUUAGGUAUGAUAAAAAUUACAGAAGAAACACACUCAAACAAAUCAUUUUUGUUGGUUUAUUGCUACUUACUGAUAAAGUUAUCUGGUUGUUUGGAAGUUUAGGGUUUUGGCACUUAAUUAAUGUUGGGUGCAUAGAAUUGAAGCAAUAUCCAUCGGGAGAGAAAAGUCUUAUGUAGAGUAAGUAUAAGAAAUUCUUAUAUUAAAAGGUUAUUGAUGAGAAUGCAUCUAAUCUGUCAUGCACUUAUCAUGCUAUAAGCCCUGUGCUACAUGUGUGGGGCUUGGAUAAAGAUAGAAAGACAUCCUUGUUUUUCAGAGAUUACUGUUUUCUGCAGUAGUUUGACAUAGCUCUUGUUUUUAAAAUAAUAGCAUUGUGUGUGUGUGUGUGUGUGUGUGUGUGUUUUAGUACUUUCAAAUUGCCAUAAAAAUACUGAUUCAAAAUAAUGAAUGCUUAAUGAGUUUACAGAUAGAAACAUAUUUAUUGAGCUACACCAUUAAAAAAAAUGUAGAAUUCAAUCAGUCAUUAUGGUGAGAGAUGGAACAAACAAAGGUGGUAUCACAAGUGCAAGGCAGGAAGACCUGAAGAUGCAGAGUCUAGAAAAUACAUUGUGUGUGUCUUAAAACCUGGUGGGAAUAAAGUAAAAACAGAAAAUUACAGAUACACCAAUUUUUGCUAUGAGAACAUCAAUAGAAACUAAUAGUGUAUUAAUAAUUAAUACCUUUUGUUUUAAUAUUGUUUGUCCUAGGAAUAGAAAGAUCAUCUUAUAAAAUAGUUAAUUGACUAUCAAACACAAAAAUACAUACAUAUGAACAUUUCUAUAGGUGCAUUUUUAAAAAGUGUGAUAGAGUUCAUGACCUACUUAAGAUAAAAACCCUCAGAAGAUUAAGCAAUAUGCAUAAAUGAGAAUGCAUGAUAAAGGGUAAUCAACCCAAAUUUUAUAGUAAAUAAAAUAGUUAAUAGAGAAUUGUACGGGAAAUUUAUUUAAGAUGAAAAUAAGAAAAGGAAGGCUGUCCACAUUGCUUUGAUUUAAUAUAAUAUUCAAAGUCCUGACUACCACCAAUAUCCAAAGAAAUGUUAAAGCAGAAACAAAGUUUUAAAGCUUUAUAGAAAAGAGGGGAACUGUGCCACUAUUUACAGAUAAUAUUGUCAUAAACAUAGAAAGUUAACAGAGUAAAUAGACAAACUAUGACUACUAAGCAAGUAUUUCAGCAAUGCCGCUAAAUCUGAAUGAUUUCUCUGAUGAAAGGAAAAUGCUAAUGAUGUCAAUUAUAUAAGCAAUUUGUAAUUUUUAUUCUAUUAUAAUCUAAAUAACAGAAAUUUGUAACCAAUUCAGUAUUUUGUUUUUAAAUUUGAUUUUAGUAUUUGUUGAGCUCUAUAAUUUUACAUAAUAUUUAAGUAAGACUAGUGAAGAGAUAAGGAAGGAAUAGUAUUACACUACCAGGUAAAACAAACUUAUCACCAAGGUAUAAAAAAUAAGACAAGCAAAUGACAAUGCACACAAAAAAAUGAGCAAUAAAAUCAGAUAUGGAAAUCCUGCUGCAGGUAAAAAGGCAAGCCCAAGUAAAUGAACCAAAACUCAAACUAGUUUGCUUUUAAAAAUGCAAAUGUAAAACAGUAAGCUAUCACUCUAAAUUUAUGGGAAAAGUAUAAAAAGGUGGAUACUGUCAAGUAUUAGUGAAAAUAUUAAGACUGAGAAGAUUCAUACAUCGUAUCUCUUCUGUAAUCCAACAAUGCCACAUUGUGGGGUAAAUUCAAGAGAAACUCUUACACAGAUUCCUAAGCGAACAUGUUCAGUGUUAUUUAUCAUGCCUUUUUUUUUUUAAGUGAGGUGCUAGAGGCACUGAACGCAUCUGCACUAGGAAGAUGGAUAUUAUGUCCUCUUAAUAAAUACUAAGAGUUAUUAUGGGGCAUUUAGAAGUAAUAAAAUAAAUGCACACAAGCCAGCAUGUAUUCAUUCUGAAAAAAAAUGUCAAAUUAAAAAUGUAAAUUGCAGAAUAAAACUUGUGAUGAAAUAACAUCUAUAUUCAUUUAAAACAAAUUCACAGAAAUAUACAUUUUACAAAGAUUCGUAUCCAAUAAUAUUUAUUUUUGCUCACCUGAGAAAAAGUGGCUCAUCUACUUGCACUGGAGCUCUAAUAAACAAAUUGAUACAUAAAUAAAGAUAAGAUAAUGUUAGGUAUGCUUAGAAAAAUCAGUGAAUAAUACAUUCCUUGGACUUGGUGUUUGGUAUAGGAAAGCAAGUAUUACAGUGAGGAUGGGUGGUGUUCGGACAGUGAAAGUUUGUAUGUACCGAAGAAGCUAGACUAAAAUGGGAACUCCAGCCUAUGAAAUUGCACUGUGCAGAACAGGAACCCAUAUGAUUUAGAUACGUAUUUUCAGUACAAGUUUAGAUUUCCGUUAUAUUUCACAUUUGUUGAAAUACCCAGACUAAACGUUCUUAGAAAUCUUAUUGCAAUAAAACUGUUUAUUCCUGGAUUUCUUAAAUAUAGUUAGUUAAUUACGAUUUUGUUCACUGAAUAACCAAUGUUAUCUUUGUAAAUAGAUGUAUUUUGUAAAUAAAAUUUAAGCAUCACUAUUGGAAUCGAUAGACAUUACUAUUAGAAUCAAUAGAGAAACUGAGGAUUUUUAAGAUGUCAAGGGAUAUGAUCAAAUCUAAUAUUAUUUUCUUCCUUGUAAUAGGGUUAUAUUCAGGAUAUCACCAUCUAUUUAUUGAGCAUCUACACUGCACAUAGCUCUGUGAUGAGUGUCAUUGGGAAUAAAGCAGUAGGAUAAGUCACAGACCUUGUUCACACAGAGCUAAUUGGAGAGAUAAAUUUAACACACUGAGAUAAUUAGAUGAUGUGACCUACCACAUAUGACAGUAUGUAAAGGAAGAGGCAAAGUGUGGGGAAGCUGUCAAUUGACAUUCAGAAAAAAGAAAAGGUCAAGGAAGUUCAGAUGGCUGGAGAAAUCAAUGUGCAAGAAGUUGAGCUUUUUUUUUCAGGCUUAGUUCCCCAUUGAGAAGAAGGCAUUUGUGAGACAAUGAUUGUUCACAUAGGUUAUCGCAGUAGUCUAUGUCUACUCUGUCUCCAAUCUUCUCCGUCAAUUUUUGGAAAUCUCUAUUAUCAAGUAAACAUCCUAAAAUAUCACAUCUUAAAAUGGCCAAGAUCUUAAAAUGGCCUUCUAGUCAAGGAUACAUAUCCAAGAAUAUUUAUUUUUCCUUAUUUGAAUUUUGCUCGUUGCAAUCGUUUUUAAUUUGAUUCAGUAUAUACUUGUAGAGUUUGUGGGUGUUUCAGGUUUUCCUGGAGCAUAUAUCCUACUCAAAAGAAACUUCUAGGCUGGUUUUAAGGUUCAAGAUGGAGAAGAAUGGCCUUGCUAUAUUAAUCAAUGACCUCCAUGCCAACGUAAUUCACCCUAGCUUACUCAUCCAAAUCCUUUCCCUUCCCUUUUGUCAAAAUAAGAUUCUCCCCCUCAAUGGCCUUUGCUGAAGACACUCAGAAAUGUCCUUCUUCCUAUUAGUACCUAACUACAGACACUAUAUUUAUACUUAGGUUCUCUUCACAGUAUUGGGCACAGAGAUCAGAUGCUAAACCCCCAGGAGUUAAGCAGCCUUCUCGUAAAAGUAGCAAAGUGUACUGAGUGAGUUAUUUUACAAAUAAAGAAAAUAGUCCUAAAAGGUUAAUAUGUUGGAGAUGAAAAAGAAUCAAACCAGUUGAACAUCUAUAUUGUCUUUAGAUAACAAUGGCUAUUGGGGGUGGGGGGGAAAGAAUAAAAUAGAAACUCAAUUCCAAGUAAGCAUUUAUUUGUCAUGUUUAUUGAACAUGGAAAUGAUUAAGUACUUUCAGGAAAACAAAGAUUUAUGUGACACAGUCCUUAGAUUGUAAUCCUUUAACUUACAGUGACUUGUUUAGUGUUAUCCUCUGUAAAAUAAACUUGCUCUUAAACUGGGCUCCACAGACAUUAA